AUGAUGGUGGCCCUAGUUCACCACAGUCCUGACGACGACGGGCGGCAUGAGACAGGCGCAUGGGUGUUCGUGUCGAGUGACCCCAACCAUGACUUCGAUUUCCACAUCUACGCCAUGGACAUCAUCCUUCAGUACUACAUCAGGGGGGAUGGGCGCGCCGCUACUGCUGGAACCCCGAUCCCGAAGGUGAAAAUCUUCGCCGACGGGUGCGCCAAACAGUACAAGGGGAAGCGCAACUUUCACGCCGUGGCCAAGAGCUUGCACAGGCUUGGUGCUAUCCUCAUUCACAACUUCGCAGUCACGUCGCAGUUCAAAGGCGCCCACGAUGGCAUCGGAGGGUUGCUGAAGGCUCUGUUGCGAGUAGCGGAGAACAGGGGCCAGCGCAUCCACGACACUCAAGCCACAGCCGACUUCCUCAAAGCCUACGCCGAGGCAAAGGAGGAUAGAGGAGGCCACUUUUCAACCUGGUUUCCCUACCGGAUCAAGAGCUUCCACAUCAAGCUUCUUGGACACCGAGAGAUCCCUCGCCCGAUUGUAGAUUUGACCGGCAUCUCUGGGAGUUCCAAGCUGUACCAGUUCAUGGGAGCGGAGGUCCAGCAGGAGGAGAGCUCGGGCGUAGGCGUAGAGGCGGACGAAUCAAUCGUUCUGACGCUUCCGGCUGUCACGAAGCGAUACGAGCUACGCGUUCGUCAGGCGUCGUGCUGCUGCUCGAAGUGCAGUGUUGGAGCUUACGACGACUGCUUCCCGGCCAGGAAGUAUGCGGGGGUGGUGGGUAUGGUGAAGGCUGUGUCGGGAAAGCACAAGGCCACCAUCCUUCCCGAGGAGCACGAGAACGUCCUCAAGAGAAAGGACACGCGGCUCGCUGGAAAGGACAACGGGAAGGGGGGGGAGGUGGGGGACAAGGGGGGGAAGACGGGCGAAAGGGGACUCAUCGACGAUCUUUGCGACUUGGUUGCGAAGCUGUCGAUGCCAGACAGCGUCGACGUCACCGACGCCAGAAAAAUUCCAGGGGUGUUGACGGACAAUUUGUUUGUCGAGAAGAACUCGGGCCUCGCUGAUGUAGAAGUGCGAAACGCAAUUAAGACGUGGCUAUCCGUAGAGGAUGACCCCAGCGUGUUGGAAGCGAGGUAGCUCUGGAACUGGAGAUUGUGGAGCAGAACAUGGCAAACUUGGAGGUUGAUGCCUCUUCUGACGACGAAGAUGGCGGGGAUAGGCUAGCCUCGUGUAUUACAUCUUCGAUGACAGAGGCU